AUGCCUGGCCACAACCUGCACUGGCAUGGUGAUCUAUCUGCACCUUUCUCACGCAUUCCGGGUAAUCCCAAUAUAUGCCCCGUCGAAUUUUGGAAUCCACUUGUCAACCUGAUGCCUCCUCUCGGACACCACAGUGCACUCUUGAAUACAACAACGGCGACAACAGAGCCUCCUGGUCCAACCUGUCCUGAAUCAACUCUGAGUGCGUUGUUGUUGUUUCCUUCUUCAUCGUCAUCGUCCGUCGCAUCAGCAGCCGGUUCAACAGUGACAGUCGUCUCUAGUGGCUACGAUUCGGCGGGACUUCUAGAGAAACAAACCAGUCUCACCAAUGGAGUUCAUGGGCCAAAGGCAAUUUUAAGGAGCUCUAAGUGUUCAACUUUAAUGAUUCCGUAA